GGAGCAAAGGUUGGCUAAAGCUGCCGCAGCGGGACGGAAACAAUGCCGAGGACCCACCCACCUCCAGCUCCACCUCUCCGUCUCUCUGCGCUCGCUUCUUCCUGGCUCUGACCUCCGCAUCUGUCUGGUUUUUAAGAUGAGCUACCCAGGAUACCCACCACAAGCAGGGGGCUACCCAAAUCAGCCUGGGGGAUACCCACCCCAAGCAGAGGGCUAUCCAGCAGCAGGAGGUUACCCACCAGCAGCAGGAGGCUACCCACCGGCAGCAGGAGGUUAUCCGCCAGCAGCAGGCGGCUAUCCACCGGCAGCGGGAGGCUACCCACCAGCAGCGGGAGGCUACCCACCAGCAGCGGGUGGCUACCCACCAGCAGCAGGCGGUUACCCUCCAGCAGCAGGGGGCUUCCCUCCUCAGGCCGGCGGUUAUCCUGCCCCAGCCGGGGGCUAUCCAGCACCAGCCGGGGGCUUUCCUCCUCAGGCAGGCGGAUAUCCUCAGCAGCCUGGAGCAGAGGGGUAUCCUUCCAUGCCUCCAGCAGGUGGAGGCUGGGGUGCAGCGCCAGGUGGCUAUGGAGCGCCAGGAGGAGCUCCGCAGGGAUACCCAAGUGGUCCUGCCCCAGGUCAACCCAUGCCAAACUACCCCGCUGCACCAGGGGCGAACCCCUCGAUGCCUGCAUAUGGAGGGGGAGUUCCAUCCGACCCUCAGGCCCCGGCUAUUCCUAGAGGGUUUCGAGGGACUAUCCAAGAUUUUCCAGGGGCCGACCCACUGAGAGAUGUCGAAGUUCUUCGAAAAGCCAUGAAGGGCUUCGGCACUGAUGAAAAUGCCAUUAUUGAACUUCUGGGAAAUCGCUCCAACAAGCAGAGGGUUCCAAUGGUGGCAGCCUACAAAACCACUUAUGGGAAGGAUUUAAUCCGCGAUCUGAAGUCUGAGCUCACUGGAAACUUUGAGAAUCUGGUUCUUGCCAUGUUGAUGAGCCCAUCACACUUUGAUGCCUACGAAAUGAGAGAGGCCAUUAAGGGUGCAGGAACUGAUGAAGCUUGUCUGAUUGAGAUUUUGUCGUCUCGCUCCAAUGCAGAAAUCAUUGCAAUCAACAGGAUCUACAAAGAGGAGUUUGGUAAAAGUCUGGAGGAUGCCAUCAGCAGUGACACCUCCGGUCACUUCCGCAGACUGAUGAUUUCUCUCUGUCAGGGAAAUCGUGACGAGAGAGAGACCGUUGACAUCGCCAUGGCCAAACAGGACGCUCAGAAACUGUAUGCUGCUGGGGAAAACAAGGUGGGAACUGAUGAGUCUCAGUUCAACGCCAUCCUGUGCGCUCGCAGCAAGCCUCACCUUCGGGCAGUUUUCCAGGAGUACCAGCAGAUGUGCGGCAGAGACAUUGAGAAGAGCAUCUGCAGGGAAAUGUCUGGAAACGUGGAGUCUGGCAUGGUGGCUGUGGUGAAAUGCAUCAAGAACACCCCCGGAUACUUCGCAGAAAGACUCCACAAGGCCAUGCAGGGAGCCGGGACAAAGGACAGAACUCUGAUCCGCAUCAUGGUGUCCCGCUCUGAGGUGGACAUGCUGGACAUCAGACAGGAGUACGUGAGGUGCUACGGGAAAUCACUGUACAACCACAUCUCAGGUGACACUUCUGGCGACUACAAGAAGCUGCUGCUGAAACUGUGCGGCGGCAACGACUAAACCAGAGGAUCGCACGCUGCCAUGAAGACAUCAUACAUGUCCACAUCCAGACAAUGUUAUGGGACCUUAUAUCUCCUCUAAUGCAUGCAGUUAAUGUCAGGUGACCUCAGUAAAUCAAUACGAAUUUUAUAUCUUCCUUAGUAAUGUUAUUUUUAUACAUUAGGAUGUCUGAGAUCUGGCAGAUGAUUAACACAUCAGAUUUUAAAGAUAUUUAGUAGGACCUAUUAUAAUAGGAUUAAAGGUAGAGUUCUGCCUGCUUGGAAGGUAUGUGACUGAAAAGUUUGUACCUAAAUUAAAAUUCUAACAAAUGUAGUUAUUGUGAACACCAUAAAAUUUUUAUUUAUCAUUAAAGUAAUUGUAAUUUGUGCAAACAGUUGGUUUUUGUGAAAUUGCAAGAAAAUGUAGAAGAGGGCAUGUGUGCCAUUAUCUAACAUAUAAAAUAGAUAUACAAAGAAUCAUUUAGCAUAUUUUUUUUAGUCCUAUGUCAUUUCUUUGGAGUCACAUUACCUCAACUGGUGAGUGAUUCAAGUGUUUUGGGUUCAUUCUUUCAAAAUAGAUGCUUCUGCUGCCAGUCACAUUUCAUUUCCGAGUAGUGUGUGAAGGAAAAAAAAUGCAUCUCUGCGAAGCCAGUCCUUCUGUAUUCAAAGGGUGUUUAUCAGGGGUGUCAAACAUAUGGCCCAGGGACCAAAAACGGCCCAUUGGGUGACAUCGUCAGGUAUAAAAUUGACUAAAAAUACACUGAGAAGAAUUUUCUUUAAAAGUAACUGUUGUUUUUUUUAAUUUAUUUAAUAUAAAUUGCAGUGAAACUGCACCAUUACAAUAUCCACCUUGUUAAGAAAUUGUAUUUACUUUAACAUAAGCUUUUUAACCAACAAGGUGAAAGAAUAUGAAGUAUGCAAAAGCAUGAUAUCGAGGUUAUUAUGUCUCUCUCCCGCUCCCAUUUUAUGUGUCCAGUAGAAAUUUGACACCCCUGGUCUGCAAUCAUUCAUGUGAGUUUCACUUUCUGCUUGAUAGUCUAUGCAAUUCAGCUUAUAAGCUUUCUAUCUAUAUCAUUCAGCAUUUGCGGACAACGUUGCCUUUAACUCGGUGCUGAAAAGCCAAAGUGUGAAGACGGAUGGUGUUGUGCCUUUAGUUAGUGCUGCUGUGGAAACUGGAUGAGCUUUCUGAUGUAUCACUGUGGUUAAUCUUGAAAGUAAUCAAUAAUCACACUUGUAGGGCCACAGGAUUGUAACUCUGUUCUCUCAUUUGUUUGCACUGUGUUCCACUGGUUUGCAUGCCAUGUUGCCAGCAGAGGGCUCUUGGAACACAUGAAGUGUCAUCUUUUGAGUGAUUUUCCUUUUUGCCUGCUGGCUUUGAAUUACGCUUUGAAACGAGUAUCUCCUGCACUAACUACUUUGUGAUUAUUCUAACAAAAUACUGGCUGAAAUUCAAUGGAUGCCUUUUGAAAGCAGCUACUUCUCAUUUAAAUAAAAAAAGAAACAAAUUGGCA